GAAGAGAAGACAGAGGGAGGGAGGGUGGGGGAGGACGAGGGGCGCGUGGUUUUCCCAUCUCAUCCCUGGAGGAGGGGCUGGAGCAUCCCCGGCAGCCAAUCAGGGACAGGCUGGGGGGGGCCGCUUUGAAGAAGUUUGGGGGAAAAAAGUUUGGAAAAGUUUCUAUAAUAACGAGGGGGCUUCUGCAGGGAGGCGGCAGCGACGGAGGAGGGGGCUUCUCAGAGAAAGGGAGGGAGGGAGCCACCCGGGUGAAGAUACAGCAGCCUCCUGAGCUCCCCCCUCCCACCCAGGCCGGGACCUGGGGGCUCCUGCCGGAUCCAUGGGGGCGGCCAGCUGCGAGGAUGAGGAGCUGGAAUUUAAGCUGGUGUUCGGGGAGGAAAAGGAGGCCCCCCCGCUGGGCGCGGGGGGAUUGGGGGAAGAACUGGACUCAGAGGAUGCCCCGCCAUGCUGCCGUCUGGCCUUGGGAGAGCCCCCUCCCUAUGGCGCUGCACCUAUCGGUAUUCCCCGACCUCCACCCCCUCGACCUGGCAUGCAUUCGCCACCGCCGCGCCCAGCCCCCUCACCUGGUACCUGGGAGAGCCAGCCCGCCCGGUCGGUGAGGCUGGGAGGACCAGGAGGGGGUGCUGGGGGUGCUGGGGGUGGCCGUGUUCUCGAGUGUCCCAGCAUCCGCAUCACCUCCAUCUCUCCCACGCCGGAGCCGCCGGCGGCGCUGGAGGACAACCCUGAUACCUGGGGGGACGGCUCUCCUAGAGAUUACCCCCCACCAGAAGGCUUUGGGGGCUACCGAGAGGCAGGGGGCCAGGGUGGGGGGGCCUUCUUCAGCCCAAGCCCUGGCAGCAGCAGCCUGUCCUCGUGGAGCUUCUUCUCCGAUGCCUCUGACGAGGCAGCCCUGUAUGCAGCCUGCGACGAGGUGGAGUCUGAGCUAAAUGAGGCGGCCUCCCGCUUUGGCCUGGGCUCCCCGCUGCCCUCGCCCAGGGCCUCCCCUCGGCCAUGGACCCCCGAAGAUCCCUGGAGCCUGUAUGGUCCAAGCCCCGGAGGCCGAGGGCCAGAGGAUAACUGGCUACUCCUCAGUGCUCCUGGGCCCACCCCAGCCUCCCCCCGACCUGCCUCUCCAUGUGGCAAGCGGCGCUAUUCCAGCUCGGGAACCCCAUCUUCAGCCUCUCCAGCUCUGUCCCGCCGUGGCAGCCUGGGGGAAGAGGGGUCUGAGCCACCUCCACCACCCCCAUUGCCUCUGGCCCGGGAUCCUGGCUCCCCUGGUCCCUUUGACUAUGUGGGGGCCCCACCAGCUGAGAGCAUCCCUCAGAAGACACGGCGGACUUCCAGCGAGCAGGCGGUGGCUCUGCCUCGGUCUGAGGAGCCUGCCCCAUGCAAUGGGAAGCUGCCCUUGGGAGCAGAGGAGUCUGUGGCUCCUCCAGGAGGUCCCCGGAAGGAGGUGGCUGGCAUGGACUACCUGGCAGUGCCCUCCCCACUCGCUUGGUCCAAGGCCCGGAUUGGGGGACACAGCCCUAUCUUCAGGACCUCUGCCCUACCCCCACUGGACUGGCCUCUGCCCAGCCAAUAUGAGCAGCUGGAGCUGAGGAUCGAGGUACAGCCUAGAGCCCACCACCGGGCCCACUAUGAGACAGAAGGCAGCCGUGGAGCUGUCAAAGCUGCCCCUGGCGGUCACCCCGUAGUCAAGCUCCUAGGCUACAGUGAGAAGCCACUGACCCUACAGAUGUUCAUCGGCACUGCAGAUGAAAGGAACCUGCGGCCUCAUGCCUUCUAUCAGGUGCACCGUAUCACAGGCAAGAUGGUGGCCACAGCCAGCUAUGAAGCCGUAGUCAGUGGCACCAAGGUGUUGGAGAUGACUCUGCUGCCUGAGAACAACAUGGCGGCCAACAUUGACUGUGCGGGAAUCUUGAAGCUUCGGAAUUCAGACAUUGAGCUUCGGAAGGGUGAGACGGACAUCGGGCGCAAAAACACACGUGUGCGACUGGUGUUCCGGGUACACGUGCCCCAGGGCGGCGGGAAGGUCGUCUCGGUACAGGCAGCGUCGGUGCCCAUCGAGUGCUCCCAGCGCUCAGCUCAGGAGCUGCCCCAGGUGGAGGCCUACAGCCCUAGUGCCUGCUCUGUGAGAGGAGGCGAGGAACUAGUACUGACUGGCUCCAACUUCCUGCCAGACUCCAAGGUGGUGUUCAUUGAGAGGGGUCCUGAUGGGAAGCUGCAAUGGGAGGAGGAGGCCACGGUGAACCGACUGCAGAGCAAUGAGGUGACGCUGACCCUGACUGUCCCUGAGUACAGCAACAAGAGGGUGUCCCGGCCAGUUCAGGUCUACUUUUAUGUCUCCAAUGGGCGGAGGAAACGCAGUCCUACCCAGAGUUUCAAGUUUCUGCCUGUGAUCUGCAAAGAGGAGCCUCUACCAGACUCAUCUCUGCGGGGCUUCCCUUCAGCAUCGGCACCCCCCUUUGGCACUGACAUGGACUUCUCACCACCCAGGCCCCCCUACCCCUCCUUUCCCCAUGAAGACCCUGCUUACGAAACUCCUUACCUAUCAGAAGGCUUCGGCUAUGGCAUGCCCCCUCUGUACCCCCAGACGGGGCCCCCACCAUCCUACAGACCGGGCCUGCGGAUGUUCCCUGAGACUAGGGGUACCACAGGUUGUGCCCAACCACCUCCAGUCUCCUUCCUUCCCCGCCCCUUCCCUAGUGACCCCUAUGGAGGGCGGGGCUCCUCUUUUCCCCUGGGGCUGCCAUUCUCUCCUCCAGCCCCCUUUCGGCCUCCUCUUCCUGCAUCCCCACCGCUUGAAGUCCCCUUCCCUUCCCAGAGUGAUGUGCAUCCCCUACCUGCUGAGGGAUACAAUAAGGUAGGGCCAGGCUAUGGCCCUGGGGAGGGGGCUCCGGAGCAGGAGAAAUCCAGGGGUGGCUACAGCAGCGGCUUCCGAGACAGUGUCCCUAUCCAGGGUAUCACGCUGGAGGAAGUGAGUGAGAUCAUUGGCCGAGACCUGAGUGGCUUCCCUGCACCUCCUGGAGACGAGCCUCCUGCUUGAACCACCUGAACUGUCAUCACACGGCAACCCCAGCCCCAGCCUCAGCCCUGCCCCCUUUCCCUCCUUCCUGGAGUGGUGGCUACAGAAGCUUGGGGCCAAUCCUGGCUCCUCUUUCCCCAGCUUCUGUUUAUCUCACUGUCUUCCCUCCCCUCCCCCAGCUGAGGUGUGGCCCCCAGGCCUGGUGCUGCCUUGGAGGGCUGGGGGAAGUAGCUGUGGAGGAGGGAGGAGGGUGGAGACUGAGGCUAGGUGCCAGAAUGGACUGGAGUGAAGGCAUGUCUAGAGUGUGGGCAGGCUGUUGUGCUGGGAAGCUGGGGACACGUUGAUGGUAAUAAACUGCUCAAUGACCAGUG